UGGCCAGUUUUGAAGAAGCGAACUUAGCAGAAGGCAGUGUCCGGCGGCAGCGGCUUCCCUUAGUGCAUCGCGUGUACUGUGAUUGCGUAUUGUCGGAUCUUCACUCGUGAUCGCGAGUCGCAUCGACGUUGAUUAAGGAGGAAGUGUCGAUUCGGCCGAAAGCACCAACCGAACAGCCAUGGCUGCGAUGUCCGUGAUCGGGAUCGACUUCGGCAACGAGAGCUGUUACGUGGCCGUGGCGCGUGCCGGCGGCAUCGAGACCAUCGCGAACGACUACAGUCUCCGCAGCACGCCAUCAUGGGUAGCAUUCAGCGGAAAGAACCGAAUACUCGGAGUAGCGGCCAAGAAUCAAAUGGUGACCAAUGUGAAGAAUACCAUAUAUGGUUUCAAAAGGCUACUAGGUAGAAAGUACAAUGAUCCACAGGUUCAAUCCGAAAUGCGGUUCCUCCCUUACAAAAUAUCUCCCCAAGCUGAUGGAAGCAUAGGCAUACAUGUACAAUACCUGGAGGAGGAACAAGUUUUUACAUCGGAGCAAAUCACCGCUAUGCUCUUCACGAAGCUGAAAGAUAUUUCCGAGACGGCGUUGCAGACCGCCGUCAACGAUUGUGUUAUAUCAGUUCCUUCAUACUUCACGCAAGCCGAGCGUCAGGCUCUUCUCGAUGCCGCUAGGAUCGCAGGCCUUAAUGUUUUACGAUUAUUUAACGAGACCACCGCAACCGCUCUUUGUUAUGGUAUUUAUAAGCAGGACUUACCGGCGCCAGAUGCAGCUCCUAGAAAUAUCGUUUUCGUGGAUUGCGGUAACGCCAGCUUGCAAGUGAGCGUUUGUGCCUUUCAUAAAGGCAAGCUCAAGAUGCUGGCGAGUGCCGCCGAUAGUCACUUCGGCGGGAGAGACAUCGACGUCCUCCUCGCGGAGCACUUCUGCAACGAUUUCAAGACGCGGUACAACAUCGACGUACACUCCAAUCCGCGGGCGUACUUAAGACUACUGUCUGAGGUGGAGAAGCUGAAGAAACAGAUGUCAGCCAACUCGACCACCCUGCCGCUCAACAUCGAGUGCUUUAUGGAGGAGAAGGACGUGCACGGCGAGAUGAAACGCAGCGACAUGGAGGCCAUGUGCGCCCAUCUAUUUCAACGUGUCGAGAAGGCUCUUAGGCAAUGUUUGUUAGAUUCCAAAUUAAAGCUAGAGGACAUUCACGCGGUCGAGAUAGCGGGCGGGUCGAGCCGCAUUCCCGCCCUCAAACGUUUAGUGGAAGAGGUGUUUGGUCGGCCGAUAUCGACCACCCUGAACCAGGACGAGGCGGUUUCGCGCGGCUGUGCGCUGCAGUGCGCCAUGCUCAGCCCCGCCGUGCGCGUCCGUGAGUUCUCGGUCACGGACAUACAGCCGUAUCCCUUGAAACUGACGUGGGACGCCACUCAGGGCGAAGAGGGCGAGAUGGAGGUGUUCGGACAUAAUCAUCCUGUGCCAUUCUCCAAGAUGUUGACGUUCUAUCGUUCGAAUCCGUUCACGCUCACUGCCAGCUAUACUGUGCCGCCCCCGGGUUAUCCGCAGACGUAUAUCGGAACAUUCACGAUAAAGAACGUGAAGGCCACGGCGGAGGGCGAGUCGGCGAAGGUCAAGGUGAAGGUAAGAGUGAAUCUGAACGGCAUCCUGACCAUCGCGUCGGCGACGCUCAUCGAGAAGCGCGAGCCGACUCAGCAAGAGAAGGAGGAGGAGGAGGCGCAGCAGCAACAGCAACAACAACAACAGAACAGUAUGGACGUCGAUCCGCAACCGGUGGACAAAAAGGACAAACCUGAUCAGGAGGCGCAGGCUAACGAGCCACCGGCUCCGGAGGUGAGCAUGGAUAAGACACGACGGAACUCAGACGCCGAUGACGGUGGGAGAGGUGCUAAGGGUACUGCCUCCUCCUACUCCUGCAGGAUUCUCUCUUGGUUCAGCUCGGGAGACGACAAGGGCGACGACAAGGGCAAGAAGAAGAUCGCCAUUCGUACGAUAGAAUUACCCAUCGAUGCCAAUGCUUGCGGGCUAUCUCUGCGGGAUCUCGAUGCUGCAGUAGAAAAAGAGGGCAAGAUGAUCGCGGAAGAUAGGCAGGAGAAGGAGCGGGUCGACGCGCGUAACGCUCUAGAGGAAUACGUUUACGAUCUGCGCGCCAAGUUGUCCGAGGAGAAUCAAUUAGCCACGUUCAUCACGGAGACGGAUAAAGAAGCGUUAUGUCGCACAUUAGACGACACUGAAAACUGGCUCUACGAGGAGGGAGAGGAUUGCCAGCGGCAGGUUUAUUCCGAACGAUUAACGCGCUUAAAGUCUCAAGGGGAGCCAAUAAAGGAGAGGAGAGUAGAAUUUGAAGGCCGAGCUCCGGCAUUGGAAGAAUUGGCAGGAGCGCUACAGUUGGCGAAGAAGGCUCUGGAUCAGAUGAAAACGUUGAACGGGAAGGACGACAAGUAUUCCCACUUGACGGAAGAGGAGGUGAAGACGGUCGAGAAAACGGUGCAGGAGAAGUGGACGUGGUUGGAGGAGAAACGUAUGCUGCUUGCGAGCACGCUCCGCACGCAACAACCGCCGGUUACCAUAGCGCAUAUUCGCGCCGAGAAACAAGCGUUAGACAGCACGGUAUUGCCGAUUCUCAACAAGCCGAAGCCUAAAGCGGAACCGCCGAAGGAGGAGAAGCCGAAGGAUAAGCCCGCUGACGAACAGAAGAGUAAUCAAAAUCAAAACACCAACAAUCACAAUCAGCAGUCCAAUCAGCAGCAAACGAAAGAGGAGAAGAUGGACGUGGAGUAACGGUCACCGCAGCUUAUGUGUUUUUAAAUGAUGUGUUGAAUCCACCGUUAUUGAGAAAUAGCGAAUACUUCAUUACUUUGGCUGAAGCGUGUCUCGAAAAAAAAUGCAUCGUAUCUCGAAACAGCGUCUGAUGUACCGUAGCUGGAUAUUGCACACCACCACCACGUGAUUGUUCAAUCUCCUUCUUGUUCUUUCUUUUUUCUCUGCAACUUGUCUCUAUUAUAAUCUAUUUUAAUGAAAUACUUCUACCAGCAUAAGUCAUACUGAUCAAGGUUAUUGUUAGAAGGCAUGCGCGUUAGGGAAAGAUUUCCUAAAAUAUUUCGUUCGAGAGCAACACCCCACGACACUCGGGAUAUGUAAUAUUGCGAGUGUCAUCAUCGUCCGGACAGCAUUCAAAAAAGCGGAAUACUAAAGCUUCCUCGUUACGCGUAGGUUGUGCAGACUUUUCAUUUUGUUCUUCAAUUUUUCAAUACAUUUCUUAAAUUCAUUAUUGAAUUGCUCUGAUUUACUUGAGAAAGAGAGAGAGAGAGAGAGAGUUCUCAAAGUUACUGUCAGUAAGAAGCGAUUAACUUGUUGCGACUUUUAACACGUAGAGCGAAACACUAAGUUAGAUUUAAUUAACUAAAUUAAAUUGCGAACUAGCUAAUUGUCGCUGGCGAUCUUGUGUAUUUAAUAAUACAAUUGUUCAUUCCAAACACACACUGUUUCUCACGAUCAGCAGCGAAAAUUCUGUCAGAAGUGUUUUUUUUUGUUGCAUUUAUGAUACUUAAAUAAAUUAAUGUUUCACUGAUAGCGUUUCCUCGCUAAAUUCUGCGUCGAGACUUGCGAUGAACAAAAAAGUGGACAAAAAAUAUAUUGCAAUGUGAAUUUAUUA